GCUUGAUUGAUUGUGUAAAUUUUGGAGAAAGAGGAAAAGACAGAAGACAUAAUAAGUAUAUAGAUAAUCCACAGUUUGAUGUUGAGGCACUUGUAAAAGUUAUUGGAAGAUUAAAUGAUCCUAAUGUGAAGUACCUUCGAUGGUUUGAAAUUCUUACAUUAAUGAGAGAUGUUUAUUCUAAACCAUUUAUUCUGCCUCCUAACAAUAUGACUUUGAUUUAUAAUAUUAUCGAUGACAAGAUAUUUUCAAAUAAAGACAAAGCAGAAUUGAUUAAUGAUAUUAGUGAUGAAGAGGAAAGUUCAGAUUAA